UUGUGUCUUCCUCCUUUUGGUUAUCUAAUCCGUUCUUCCGUUUCUUGUACUACCAAACGGCUUCAGGCAAUGGAGCCUUCAACGACAUCAUCAUCUACAUCUUCACCUGCAAAGCGACGCGCCCUCGCUCCAUUGGAUGCCAACGCGCUUGGUACACCAAAGAACUUGUUUAAGCCCACGCUGGGUCAUAGUCCUGUCAAGAUGGCUAUUGAGGGUAAGAAGAGGCUGCUCGAUAUCGAGGGUAGCGCGCCGGCAGCCAAGAAGGCGUGUCUGGGACGUGAUGAGGACGCGUCUGUGAGAAGUGCCAGUCCUGACGUGAGCUCCGUGUUCGACACGUCUGCCAACGAUGCAUCAUGGGCUACCACCACGAGCGAUCAUGAUACAGCUCCCGCACCUACAGAACAAACUACACAGCAACCUACAAUACUUACACGUCAGCAAAUAAGACAAGUACGCUUUGUCCCAGCUCACCUCGACCUACACGAAUCAUUCACUAACAUAACGAAACAGAGAGCAGAAACACUCCGUCUUCGCCUAUCGCUCGCCAACUACAAAGUCCGCACAGGCCAAACGACCGUGCCCCUCUCCGAACUUCAGCAACGACCGCUGCCCCGCGAAUCCCCGCGUGUCGUCCGCGUGCAGAGUCCCGUAUCUCCCGUUGCGCCUGCACCUGCGCCUGUCCAAGAGGAAGCGGAAGCGGUUGAGACGAGAAGUCGACGAGACUCUAUAGAUUCCCAGGCGACAGAGAUUGCACCUUCAGAAAACGGGGAGCAAAGCUGA